UUCCAAGAUCUUGAUCGUUUGCUGUUUGCUUAUAAGGCAUGGGCCAAUCGUUUGCUUUCGAAAUCCACCUUUACGGAGAUAAUCGACCGUCUGGAACGCGUUGGUAGUAAACGCGAGAUUCAGGUAACUCUGCACCGCCUACGCAACGGAAUUUGGCCACCAUAUACAAGUACCGAACAGGUUCAAAGCUCUGGGAGUGAAAACGAGGAUGAACCUGUCGGCCUUCAAGCCACCAGUCAAAAUCUAAAUAACACCGCUGACGAGGAUGAAGAAUCCGCCUGGGAGCGGGCACUUCGAGCAAUGCCUGUUCAAAAGAACGAGGUAACUGUUACUGGUCUGUUUCCCACCCUGUGGACGUACCCAUAUGGACAGUUACUGUUGUGCACACUUUCGUUCCUUUUUGCGAUCAUUUUCUUUCGGACGCUCUACAACUAA